UCUGUAAAUAAUCACAUCGAAUCGUUUCAAAAUCUCAUCAUGUCAGCUGUAAGACCUUUGCGACGAGGUAUCAACCUCCUGGGAUCGAAAUCGCUUUCCCAGCCCGUUUCUAUCGCCGCCAAUGGCUCUACUCUCCUUCCGCGGCAGUUGACAGCUCCGCUCCACCGCGGUCUCCGCACUCCGACUGCUGCACGCCCACUCCUCCGUGUCAGCUCUGUUUCUUCCUCUAAUGGUGGUGUGCGAUUUGCUUCGUCCGCGGCUCCCUCGGGGCCGCUGAGACAGACUCAGCUCUAUGACCUACAUCUCGCCCGGGGUGCCAAGAUGGUGCCCUUUGCGGGGUUUGACAUGCCGCUGCAGUACUCCGAUCUCAGCCAUGUUGAAAGCCACAAAUGGACCAGAGAAAAGGCAAGCUUGUUCGAUGUGAGCCAUAUGGUUCAGCACGAACUCAGUGGACCCGGCGCAAUCGAGCUCCUGAUGAAGAUCACACCAUCUUCCCUCGACAAGCUCGGCCACAACCAGUCCACCCUCUCUUGUUUGCUCGAAGAAGGCACCGGCGGUAUCAUUGAUGAUACUGUCAUCACCCGUCGUACUGACGAAACCUUCUACUUCGUCACCAACGCUGGCCGGCGUGACGAGGAUCUCGCCUUCCUGGAGGCCGAGAUCUCCGCCUACAAGCAAGCCCACGGCGCCGACAGCCUCAAAUGGUCCAUCCUCGAAGACCGCGCCCUGGUCGCCCUCCAGGGCCCCCUCGCAGCUGAGGUCCUCCAAUCCUACGUCCACGGUUCCGGCCCCGAAACAGACCUCAGCACCCUCUACUUCGGCAACUGCCGCGAACUCUACCUCACCCUCCCCGACGGCUCGCGCACCCCGCACCCUCUCCUCAUCUCCCGUACCGGCUACACCGGCGAGGACGGCUUCGAAAUCUCCAUCCCCACAGCCGGCUCCCCCUCCCUGCCCGUGCAAGUCACCGAGCUCCUCCUCACAAACGCAGAGCAGGUCCGCCUCGCCGGCCUCGCAGCCCGUGACUCCCUCCGUCUGGAAGCCGGCAUGUGUCUCUACGGCCACGACAUCUCCACCGCCCAGACUCCCCCCGGCGCAUCCCUGGGCUGGGUUGUCGGUAAGGACCGCCGCGACCCCGCAACCGCCACCUUCAACGGCGCCUCCGCCAUCCUC